UCCCCCUGACUAUCCCAGUCCAGUUGCUCCGCCCGCUCGCCCCAAACCUCUCCGGCUUCUCCUAGCGCUCCUUCAGCUAUAGCGUUGCGCUCCGCCCCGGGCUGUCCACAGCUCCUCCAAACCGACCCCGUCCCAGGCUUGGGUGGAGCUCCUUUCCUGGCUAGGCUAAGAGGGGACCCAGCGGAGAAGGGGUGGUGCCGGCUGCGGGAGGCGGAUUGGGCGGGGAAGGGCCCGGAGAGAAGCCGAGGUCGGCUGUCACCCAGCUCCCUCCCCCUACGUGCGUCUGCUUUGGAUCCGACUUCUCCUCCGCCUUUACCGUCUCCCCGCCUCCUCCCGCGUGCAGCUGGGAGACCCUCGGGACUCUGCUCCGCUGGCCAAAGCGGAUGGGCAGCGGGGUCUGGGGCGGCUGGAGCUUGCGGAGGGAGUCCAGACCAGCAAGAAGUAAACAGAGACAUGUGAAAUAGAGUUGGGUUAUUUUGUUUGCCACCUGACUGAGGAAGCUUGAGCAGGUAGGAAAGAAGGAUAAUGAAAAUGGAGACCUCCAGUACAUCCAGAGAUUUGCAGGAGCUGCAGAAGAAGCUAGCUUCAUUGAUCAAUUCCAUCCAGAGCAACUCCAAGGUGAUUGCUUUUAUGAACUCUCCAAUUGGUCGAUACCUCGAUAAACAUCCCUUUGUUGCCUUAACCUUGCUGAUGUUCAUUAUGAUAUCUGCCAUUCCCAUUGGAAUCUUUCUACUGCUUGUGGUCCUGAUGUCUCUGGCUGCCUGUGUUGGAGUUAUAUUAGUGGAAGGAGUCGUUAUAUCUGUAGGCGGUCUCAGCCUGCUCUGUGUGCUGUGUGGCUUGGGUUUCGUGUCACUGGCCAUGUCUGGGACCCUCAGCGUGUGCUACGUGGUUCUCUCGAGCCUCAUCAACUAUUGGUUCUCUUUUGGCUCACUGAAACAUCACCAUAUCCUUGAAAGCAAGCGCCCAAUGACUGUCCAGUAUCCCGAUUCUACCAGGCACGACUGAGUGAAAGCAGUACUUUGUUUUAAAAGGCUUUGGGACAUGUUGUUUAUGACAUUGGAUUAUAGCUUUUGUCAGGGGGCAGGACUAAUAGGUGAUCACCACCACAGAAAUAUUCUUUAGUAUUUUCAGGGUUGAUUGUUGCAGGACCCCUGGGAGAACAAGAUUCACAGGGUCCUUCGGGGUGUCGAUGCAGCAGCAGUCAGAAAGGCUUUGUCAUGGGGCUAUACCCACAAGAGUAAUACCAGCAAGUCUUGGAAAUGACACAACUCCAUCUCUUUCCCCAUCCCUCUUCCAAAGUAAAACAAUAAAUAAAAGAGUUAAAAAUCCUCUCCUGGAUAGAGAGGCUGCUAGUAUUCUGAAAAAGCCAAAACCUAAGCCUUAGGACUUACCUCUAGGGGCUCAAUGUCUUUAAAUGUGGGACUUUAUUCAAAGCAGAUUGGCAAGGGAUUGAGUUCUUCCAUUUGGAUCUGGGUAUGGGGAGAGAAAGAAACACAAGCCUUAAUUACUUUUAUCAGAAUAAUAACAUUAGCAGCUACUUAUUCAAGACUGAAAUUCUGUUAUUAGAAUUUAUUGUUGAAGAUAUUUGACUGAAAGGACUAAAAGGGAUGCACUCCAAACAUGUACUGUUAAUCUUUUUAAUAGUUUGAAAAAAAUACUUAUGUAUUUUGGGAGUAUUGUUUCAGAGUUUGCUCUAUUAGUCUAUUUCCUGGAAAAUGUAUGUAAAAGGACACACUUUAGCACUUCUGUUCCCAUGAUAAUGCAUUAUUUGCCUGUUACUUUAUUAAACUAAAUUCUAUUUA